CAGUCAGUGUUCAAUGCGUUCCAGUGCGUAAGAAGUUGGAGACAACGUUAUAAAUGCUGUCUGUUUUGCAAAAGGUAUUGCAGCACACGGUGUAGUAGUCUGUUUUUCAAUAUAUUAUUAUUUUUUUUAUCUUUGUUUUCAUACAUAUAACACAACAGUAGCUUAAUUCAGGGGAACGGUUAGUGGCAUUUAUUUUACUCCACAGCGUAGCGAUACAGCAUGAGGUGCAGCUAUGGCAAGAAGGGGUAAGACAGUUGUGAGAACCCUGGAGGACUUGACUCUCGAUUCUGGUUAUGGUGGUGCUGCAGACUCCUUCAGGUCGUCCAGCGUGUCCUUGUGUUGCUCAGACUCUCACCUACCUUAUGCCCAUGGCGGAAACUGUUGGCAUUUAACAGACUCCAUGCACAGUCGACACAAUAGUCUAGACACGGUCAACACCGUCCUGGCUGAAGACACCGAGAUCCUGGAGUGCUCCGGACAGUGCGCCAAGCUACCUGAACUGGAAGAUGCACCUUGGAGUCUGGAGGAGGUGGAAAACGCCAUUAAGAAGGAGCAGGAAGCGGCGGUGGGACAGCUUUCAAAGGAUGCUCUUGUGAAGCUGUCUUAUUUGGUUAGCAGGGUGCUGGUAAGGAUUGCCAAAGAAGCCCAGAGGUUGAGCCUACGCUAUGCCAAGUGCACCAAGUAUGAAAUCCAAAGCGCCAUCAAGGUGGUGCUUUCCUGGACGCUAUCUGUGAACUGCAUCACCGCGUCCCUUAGCGCCUUGUCCCUUUACAACAUGAGCACGGGGGACAAGCUUAGCAGGGGCAAGUCGACCAGGUGCGGUCUCGUCUUUUCAGUGGGCAAGUUUUUCAGGUGGAUGGUUGAUAGCAGGGUUGCGGUGAGGAUCCACGAGCAUGCGGCUAUCUACCUGACAGCAUGCAUGGAGAGUCUGUUCAGAGAGAUAUGCAUGAGGGUGAUACAUAGCGCCCACGUAGAGAAGGAAAAUGGGACUCCAAAGUUGACCGUCGAGUGUUUGGAACAAGCUGUCAACAGUGACUCUGAACUGUGGGGGAUGCUUCAGCCAUAUCAACACCUAAUUUGUGGGAAAAAUGCCAGCGGUGUUCUCUCCCUGCCUGACAGCCUAAACCUGCACAGAGAGCAGCAGAGGUCCAACAAACCAGGAGAAGUGCAGAUGUACAGCCAGUCUGAACUGAGGACGAUCGAGCAGUCCCUGCUUGCAACUCGUGUGGGAAGCAUUGCUGAGCUCAGUGAUUUGGUGUCCCGUGCAAUGCAUCACCUCCAGCCUCUGCACCUAAAGAAUCACAGCAAUGGCACCCCAAUACACCACAAGCAAGGGUCAGCGUACUGGGAGCCUGAAGCCUUGUAUACCCUCUGCUACUUCAUGCACUGUCCACAGAUGGAGUGGGAGAACCCCAACGUGGAGCCAUCCAAAGUCACCCUACAAACAGAGAGGCCAUUCUUGGUACUGCCACCCCUGAUGGAGUGGAUCAGAGUGGCAGUAGCCCAUGCAGAACACCGCCGGAGUUUCUCAGUAGACAGUGAUGACGUCCGACAAGCAGCAAGGCUCCUUCUCCCUGGAGUUGACUGUGAACCCCGGCAGCUGAAGAUGGACGACUGUUUCUGUGCCUCUCGGAAACUGGACGCUGCUGCCACAGAAGCCAAUUUUCUGCAAGAUUUAGGAUUCCGGAUGUUGAACUGUGGCAGGACAGACCUGGUCACACAGGCUGUGUCUCUGCUAGGCCCUGAUGGCAUCAACAGCAUGAGUGAACAGGGGAUGACUCCUCUGAUGUAUGCUUGUGUUCGGGGAGAUGAGGCCAUGGUACAAAUGCUACUGGAUGCUGGAGCAGACAUAAAUAACGAGGUGCCUAACACAGUGCACAAAUAUCCAUCGGUCUACCCAGAGACUCGCCACUGGACACCACUCACAUUCGCAGUGUUACACGGACACAUUCCUGUCGUACAGCUAUUGUUGGACGCCAGAGCAAAUGUUGAAGGUUCCUUGCAGCAUGGAGCAGAAAACUAUGCUGAGACUCCUUUGCAACUGGCUUCUUCAGCAGGUAACUUUGAGCUUGUCAGUUUGUUACUGGAGAGAGGAGGAGACCCCAUGAUUGGAACAUUGUAUAGGAAUGGGAUUUCAUCUACUUCCCAGGGAGAUAUGAACUCCUACAGUCAGGCUGCUGCACAUGGACACAGGAAUGUGUUCCGGAAACUCCUUGCCCAGCCUGAGAAAAGGAAGACUGAUGUCUUGUCCCUGGAGGAGAUGCUGGCUGAAGGGUCUGACCCAGCUGAAAAGAAUCCUGGACAUUCAGAGUCCAGCAGGAACAGCAAGGCCAAGCUCAAAGCCCUGCGUGAAGCCAUGUAUCACAGUGCUGAGCACAGCUAUGUGGACGUCACCAUUGACAUUCGUAGUCUGGGCGUGCCCUGGACUCUCCACUCGUGGCUGGAAUCCCUGCGCACCUCCUUCCUUCAGCACAGGAGACCCCUCAUCCAGUGCCUGCUGAAGGAGUUCAGCUCCAUCGAAGAGGAGGAGUACACUGAAGAGCUCAUUACCCAUGGGCUGCCGUUGAUGUUUGAAAUUCUGAAAGCCAGCAAGAAUGAAGUGAUAAGCCAGCAGCUGUCUGUUAUUUUUACUCAGUGCUACGGACCGUACCCCAUCCCAAAACUCACAGAGAUUAAAAGAAAGCAGACGUCACGCUUAGAUCCUCAUUUUCUGAAUAAUAAAGAGAUGUCGGAUGUCACGUUCCUAGUUGAAGGAAAACCAUUCUAUGCGCACAAGGUGUUGUUAUUCACUGCCUCUGCCAGGUUUAAAUCAUUGCUCUCCAAUAGACCUGUUGCUGAGAACACAUGUAUUGAAAUCAGCCAUGUGAAGUACAAUAUCUUUCAGCUGGUGAUGCAGUACCUCUACCACGGAGGGACGGAAUCACUUCAUGUGAGGAACAAUGAGAUCAUGGAGCUUUUGUCCGCUGCUAAGUUCUUCCAGCUGGAUGCCCUCCAGCGUCACUGUGAAAUCAUCUGUGCUAAAAACAUUAAUACUGACACCUGUGUUGAUAUCUACACCCAUGCCAAGUUUCUGGGAACCCCUGAGCUCUCUGCCUAUAUGGAGGGCUACUUUCUGAAGAACAUGGUGGUACUGAUUGAGAAAGAAGCCUUCAAGCAGCUGCUUUAUGACAGGCCUUCAGACAGCCCCGGGCCAGACGUGCUGCAGAACCUGGAAAGGACACUGGGAACCAGGAUUCAGUCCAUUCAUCUCUCCUCUUCCAAGGGCUCCAUCGUGUGAGCUGCUGUGGAUUAAGAGCAUCUGUUUUUUUGUUUCUUUAGGUUUUUUUUUUUUUAUAUACAGAACACCUGAGUUUCUUGCUUGGCCUGCUUGGAAUGCUUUGGGUAUCUGUGUAGCCUGUGUUAAAUGAUCUGUCUCAUGCUCAUUGGUCAUUUCAUUUGUUUACUGACCAGGAUGCUUGUCCUUCCUAGCCUGUUUCAAAGCAGGGUAUGCUGUAUGAACAACUUGUGCGGACUUCAGCUCUGUGUCAUAACGGGUCGGUUUUUACAUUAAUAUAUCAGGAGCCAUGCGUUUUUAUCCAUAGAGUUGAUGGCAAUGGACCAUUUUGCAUAAGGCCCAAUCAUAUAGAUAAGUCUUAUAAAUUUAAUGUUAUAAAUGUGUAAAGCAUAUAUGAGAAAUGUAAAUACUUACCUAAUAUUAAUCUAAUAACGAGUUAUAAAUCAAGUAGGAUUAGAUAUUCUUCAUACUUUGAAUAACUUUGUGCAGGGAGCAUAAAGUGGCUUAAUGGAUUUUUUUUUUAUAUGCUUGCCUUACAUUGUGGCCAUUAUUAAGUGUAAUUGUAGCACUGCCAAUGUUCCAGAAGGUGGCAUCUCAUCAAUGUGAAUAUUGUAACCCCUGUAGCUAUCUGUAAGGCAGACAAUGUUAACAAAGGAUUAACCUGUAUGACCAAAUGAAACAGUAGAUAAUAGGACUGUAUCCUGGGGUCAUAGAACCACAAUCACUGUUUUAAAUGGCUUGUGCCUACAUGAUGUGUGCAGCCAUAGGGUAAGAAAAAAGUGAGUGUCACUAAUAUACAGCAUACAGUACAUUUUAUUUUUAAAAUGGCAUAUCUGUGCUAUAGGCAGGUUUUCCGGUAUAGUGAAAUAGAGGAAAGGGGUAACACUUUCUGUUAUUUGAAACUUGAUGUACAACCGCAAACAGAUGUUGAGUUAAUGUCCCUUUUUCAAGGAGCCUGGCUAGUUCAGCUGUUUUUGUACUUAUAAUGUUUACACAGAGGGUGUUAAGGGAAGCCAUACCAAGCCCCAGUUUAAUGUAGACUAAAAGGAGCAACUCUGGAAAUCUAGAGAAGCAGUAGACUCACCAAGAAAAAUAAUGUGCAAUUUCAGUGCUACACUAUGGGCUUCCUUAUGUAAAAAGCACAUCAAAUCUUUGGGAAGCACACCCACUAUAAUACUAAAAAAGUACCAAGCCCCUGCCUAGCUUAUUCUUACUAAUACAGUGAGUACUGUUGACGUGGCUGUCACAUUUACUCGUGGUUGGUUUGACUGGGAGUGAUCGUUUGGUUGGUGUCUCCAGACCAGAAUAUAACUAUCUAACCACGUAACCUCUUUCUGCACUGUAUAGUCAAAAAACACAAUAUUAGAAAGUCAUAAAGCACAGAUAAAGAAAAACAGCAAUGUUAAAUCUUAAAUCAAUCUUUUUUUAUGACUUGUGAACAACUGACAGACAAUAACUUUUACAAUUCAAAAUAAUAAUAAUGAUACAAUGUUACAAUACAAACAGAGAAACUGCUAUAUCAUGUAUAAUGUUGAUGUAUUUUCAGCAAGCAUCACAAAGCCCUUCCUUGUAGACAUUGCUAUUGUAUACUGUAAUUAUAUUAGCAGGUAUUGUAGUAAAACACCACUCAUGGUUCAAUCUUAAGGCAUGGAUAUAUUGAUUAUGAAUAUUUUUGGUAACCACAUAUACAAGAUUACUGUUAUUUGGGGCUGUAGAAAACAGUAUACAGUAUAGUCAUUUUUGCAUAUCAGUUUAAAGCAGAUCUCAAAGGUUGACUGCCACAGGUAAUAUAUAGUAACACAGAUACAGUACUUGUAUGGUUACAAAAAAAAGGAGCCACUAAAGGUACUUAAUAAGCUAGAAUUGAUUUAAGCAAAAUGUCUUGUUUUUACCAAUAAUAUAUUUCUUCUAUUUAGCACCUGUUGGAUACUGGUCACUCCCUGAAUAGCUUAUGUGCUUCAUUACAAUGACUUUUUUACUCAAGGGAAUCCUUAGUCCUGACAAAACAGACUAACACAUUUUGAAGAAAAAGAGUUCCAUAUAUGUGUAAAUGUUUUAUGUAAAUCAGAUAAAGAAGGUUAAUGUGCGCUUUUUCUGUAAACUAAUGUAUAUAUAACCACCAUGUGUUAUUGCUUCUGUAUUGUAUUGACUUCAUUGGAUGUCCUGUACAAAUGUUAUUGUCCUAGGUGUACAAUUGCUCUGAAACUAAUUUGCAUGAUUGCAGGUUUGAGUCUUAUUUUAUAUAUUAGGGAUGACAUAGGGUACUCGGAUAUCCAGGUUACCCGGUUCUCAAUUUUACCAGAAUCCAUUUUCAAGAUUCGAUUCCUCUUCGAAUCCCUUUUUGCUGAAAUCGAGCAUCUCAGUUUUCCAUGCGACCUGUUGUAGCGGAGCCACUCGACUUGACCGGCUAAACCAGUGGUUUUCAACCUGUGGUACAUAUACCUUUACUGUGUAAUGCAGGGCUACUCAACCCUGGUCCUGGGGGGCCAAUGUCUCUCUUGGUUUUUGUUCUGUCUGUACACU